AUCAGUUCGAAAGAGCGAUAACUUCGUAAGUUUAUACUUUCAAAGUAGCAGACGAUCACGAUUUGGAGGGGAAAACAAAAGCAGUUGCUUAGUGAAUAACAAUUCAAUAACAAUUCUCGAAAACUUCCAUUAAAGGUUAUGGCUGCUGAGCAAGUUGUUGCUCCUGAUGAUUUGGAGUCUGAAGAAGAUGAGGACUCAUUUUUUCAAGAUAUUGAACAAUUACAGAAUCACGGAAUUAAUGCAGCUGAUAUUAAGAAGUUAAAACAAUCAGGAAUAUGCACCAUCAGGGGUAUACAUAUGACAACCAGAAAGAAGAUGUGUGCAAUAAAAGGUAUAUCUGAGGCGAAAAUGGAGAAAAUCAAAGAAGCUUCUCUGAAAAUUUGUGAAAAUGGUUUCUUCACUGCUCUGCAGUAUGCACAGAAACGGAAACAGAUUUUCCAUAUUUCCACGGGCAGUGAAGAGCUUGAUAAACUUCUAGGUGGUGGGAUUGAAAGUAUGUCUAUCACAGAAGCUUUUGGAGAGUUUCGAACUGGGAAAACACAGUUGUCUCACACCUUGUGUGUUACUGCACAGCUACCUGGGAUACAUGGUUACACUGGAGGUAAAGUGGUAUUUGUUGACACAGAAAAUACAUUUCGUCCUGAUCGCUUGAGAGACAUUGCAGAUCGUUUUAAUCUAGAUCAAGAGGCAGUUCUGGAUAAUGUAUUAUAUGCCAGAGCAUAUACCAGUGAACACCAAUAUGAACUUUUGGAUUUUGUGGCUGCCAAGUUUUAUGAGGAACCUGGAAUAUUUAAACUGAUGGUUGUUGAUUCUGUUAUGGCUUUAUUUCGUGUUGAUUUCUGUGGACGAGGAGAACUGGCUGACAGACAGCAGAAACUUGGUCAACUUCUAUCACGACUUCAAAAAAUAGCAGAAGAAUAUAAUGUUGCUAUGUUCAUUACUAAUCAGAUGACAGCUGAUCCAGGAGCAAACAUGAUGUUUCAAGGGGACCCAAAGAAACCCAUUGGUGGACACAUUCUAGCACAUGCAUCCACCAUUAGGGUUUACCUUCGUAAAGGAAGAGGAGAUACAAGAAUUGCAAAGAUCUAUGACAGCCCAGAUCUACCAGAAAGUGAAGCAACAUUUUCCAUCACACAAGGAGGAAUCAAUGAUGCAAAAGAAUAGAAGUCAUAUCAAUGUUGAUAAACCAGGCCAAACUGUAGCUUUUAUUGUCUUAAACAAAAUAUGUAUUUUAUUAAAAGCACUUCAACAUUCUGAAAUUCAAAUAUUGGGUAAAAAUAAUAAAACAAAACUAUUGCUCACUUCACAGUUUA